AUGGCCGACUUGGAAGCCGUACUGGCUGACGUCAGCUACUUGAUGGCUAUGGAGAAGAGCCGAAGUCAGCCAGCCGCCAGAGCCAGCAAAAGGAUAGUUUUACCUGAUCCUAGUGUUCGAAGUAUCAUGCAAAAGUAUCUGGAAAAGACAGGCGAAAUUAAAUUCGAAAAGAUAUUUAAUCAAAGACUCGGCUUUUUGUUGCUCAAGGAUUUUGCUGAGAACAUUGCCGAGAAUGCCUGUCCACAGAUCAAAUUCUAUGAAGCGAUAAAAGAAUACGAGAAAAUGGAGACGCCGGAAGAGCGGCUGACGAAAGCCCGAGAGAUCUACGACCAUCACAUCAUGGUGGAAAUGCUCGCCCACGCUCAUAACUAUUCAAAAGAUUCUCUACAACAUGUACAGUAUCAUCUGCUCAAAGGCUGUGUACCACCGGAUUUAUUUCAGGUAACAGCAUUCUAA